AUGGAGAUUCAGCUUUUAUUGUUACUAGUGGUAACUGUUGGCGCCGCCAAUGUAUCGAGUUUUCCUCAGCAAACGCAACAGCAGAUUCAACCAGAGAACUCCCAAAAUCGGGAUCAAGCACAACAGCAGCAACAAAUCGAUCGUCAGCAACAACAGCAGCAGACGCAAACGAAAUAUGCCCCCGAAACCGAUGAUGAAAGAGACGAGGAACCUAUUGGAUAUGACUUUUCCUACUCCGUUCAAGACCCGAUUACCGGCGAUUACAAAAGCCAGGAAGAAUCUCGACGGAAUGGAAAUGUGAGAGGACAAUACUCCUGGAUAGAUGCUAACGGGAUUAGACAGAUCGUGGAGUACCGAGCGGACGACCGAAAUGGUUUCAGCUCCGAACAUCGCCGGGAGCCAGCUGUCCGGCCCAAAUUGAGUCAAGUCCUAAAAGUCGUACCAGCACAUCUAUAUACCGUAGAUACCUUAAUAGCACCGGUUUACACAUCCGCUUCCCGUACGGACCACUUACGGACCCGCAAUCAGGAUAACCGUGACAACCGCACAGAAGAACGGGAAAAUGACGGCAAAGAUAACCGUGACAAUCGAGAUAGCAAGGCUGAACGCGAUGGUUCGGACAAACGGGACGAACGAGAUGGACUCGAUCGGAGCCACGAGGGACGACGAGCGCAGUCAGAAGUGCGAUUUCAGGAUCCUACUGUCACUUACCAAUACACGUACUGA